AUAGCGGAAAUCGUCGUUCCCGGUUUUCGCGUGCUAUUGAAACCCCGGACCGGGGAACACCGGAAGACCCGGUUCGACUUGGCGUUGGUGGACUUGGGUUUUACCCUGUCGUCCGCCGAUGCCCGGCUGCCCAAUGGUUUGGUGGCCGAGGCCCUUGAGUUGGGAGGCUUAGGCCAGUUCGCCGAAUACUCCAAGGUCAAUCGUGAAGUGCCGUUCGGCGAAAGCCGCUUGGACUUGAUGUUGGAUGGGUCGAACGGGCGGUGUUACAUUGAAACCAAGUCGGUUACCCUGGUGGUCGAUGGAGUAGGCUUGUUCCCCGAUGCCCCUACCGAGCGCGGCGCCAAACAUAUGAGAAGUUUGGACCAAGCCGUUGCGGAAGGACACCGCGCCGCUGUGGUGUUCGUGGUGCAACGGUCGGACGCGGUGGCCUUCGCUCCCCACGAAACAGCCGAUCCCAACUUUUGCUCGGCCUUGCGCCAUUCCCUGUCAUGCGGAGUCGAGGUCUUCGCCUACAAUUGCCGCGUUUCGGAACAGUCCAUCGAACUGGAUUCCCCAUUGCCGGUACGCUUGUGA